AUGUCGUAUAAUAAUAAUGACUCUCAUUUACCUAAUGAAAAACAAAUGGAAACUGAUAGUAUCGGUGAUUCUCAUGAGAAAACUCAAGAGUAUACUCAGUCUUUGAACCAUAAGAGAACUCAAGAGAAAUCUCAAGAGUAUACUCAGUCUUUGAAUGAUAAGAAAAAUCAAGAGAAAGCUCAAGAAUAUACUCAGUCUUUGAACGAUGAACCAAAUAUCGGUGAACAAUCACAACCUCAGGAACAGCAUCAACAGAUUUAUUACCCUAUAGAAACGAAACAUAAUUUGGGUGAAGACCAAAAUAUCAGUGGUCCAUCACAAUCUCAUGAACCUACAGAGACAAAACAUGAACAAUUCGGACAAAACAUUUCUCAACAAGAUGCCUAUUCUCUUGAACAAAUUUCUCCAGAUUCUGCGGAAAAAAAUGUUCAAGCAAGUUAUUCCGAUUCAACUAAACUUUCUACAGUCAAUGAUUCUCAAUCAAAUAAAGUGAGUUCACCAGCCUUUGAUGAAACUCAGGAUAACACGGUAACAACUGUAGUUGACCAACGUUCAUAUAGCCCAAGUAAUAUAGAAACCAUUUCGCAAUCUGUUACGUAUCAACAACAGCAAGAUUCAUCGAAAAUUUCUCAUACUCAAUUUAGUACUAUAUCGGAUGUUAAUGAUACUGUAUCACGAUCUGUUUCUCCUCAAAAUCUCAAUACUACUACUAUACCACUUCAAAAUAUUAGCUCUGUCCCACAUCAGAAUACCAAGUAUUCUUCCCCUCUUCAUCCUGUCGUCGCUCAUCCAUUAAACACUCAACCACCGGUAUAUUUCACGUCACCAUCUAACAUACAACCGUAUAAUAUGUCCAGCUCUUCAGGAAGCAGUAAUUAUUACCAACAAACUUUGCGGCAAUCUUACAAUGCAUCCUCUGCAAGUUGGGUUUAUAAAGAAUUACCUCCACUUCCUCCCCAAACUGAUCAAAAUUCUAUUGAUCCGUCAAGCACACAAAUACAGAUAGAUAAUAACAAACAACCAACUGUUGAUGUAUCAAAUAGUUCACAGCAUAAACGUAGUUUCAUUCAGAUUAAAAGUUUAAACCAAAUUUGGACUAUGCCACUAUUUUCUGAUGGCCAUGAAAAUUACCGAUCCUUAUAA